AAGUGCGUGCUUUUCUAUUUCUUUGUUGAGCUGCGCUAUCCGUUUACGCAGUCUCCUAUUGUGUCUCUGUUGUUUCCAUCGGCGCUGCAGGUGGGUCUUGGCUUCCCACAUGUGCAGUAACCGGGAGUCUAUUGUAUCGAGCCCAGCUUUUGACGGGAUCGUUUGCGUCACGCGCUCGAUGUCCCGCCGCAGUUGGUCGGUCCAUUGGUCUAUGUCUUUGAUGUCUGCCACCUGUUGCUUGUCACGAUGUUUGCGUAGUUGAUUCCAGUUGGUGAUCUUCAUUUGGCGACCGGCAUUGUGUUCCUGCGGGCCGUCUUCUGCCGUUAUGCAAAUGAUGUAGUGAUCGCUUCCCAAGUCUUGCAUAAUGUUUGUCCAAGUGACUUGAGAGGUGCGACAUUUCGAGGCUCCCCGAGGUUCGGCCCUUACGUAAACGCACCUGGAGGCCAAAGAUCAUGGCGUCAACACGCAGUUUUGCACGGAAAGAAGCGGCGUUCGUCACCGUGGUUUGGAUCCUCGUCGGCUCCUUGUCGGCGGCUUCAGGGCAAGAUACACAUCAAUGCGAACCGAGCUCCGUGAAGGAGUGCUACCUCCGCUAUAAAGGCGCACUGUGGUGGGGUGAAUUUAGGCUUAACCAAGAGGGCGAGUAUGACGAAGAGGAAUACAAGAAAGGUUGCAGCCGCAUCACAGAAAAGCAAGUGUGCCACGAAGACCUUGCCGGGUGCCCUGAAGCAAUAAAUGGUGACUACAGGAUCCAAGAGAGAGGCUACGAGGCAAUGCGCAACAUUGUCUGCGAUAAUACUCUCAGAGAAUUUCACAAAGCCUUCCAGUGUAGGGACGAGGAGAAGCUGGAAGCCUGCGCGAGAACGAUGUUACCGGCAUCCGAUCCACAGGAUGCUGGCACACCGUCCCCCGUGGAAGAGCACUGCCGCCUACACCCCAUCGAGGUAGCCUGCUUCGACCAGGCAUUCAACUCAACGUGCCCGAUGCCGAUGAAGACGGCCAAGGCUGCGUUUAUGAGGGUUGUGGACGCCCUAGCCUUACUCGGUGGCUGCGCUUCUUCGGCGCAUGCAGUUGUGGCUUCUAAGGGAUUUCUUGUGCUCCUGAUUGCCCCCGUCCUUCUGAGUUCGUCGAGGACUUGACCAGAGGACUGAAAAACAGAAAUACAGCUAACUCUAAUAUGGCCUCACCGCAGCCUUUAAAAGGUCGAGCACAUUUUACCCUCUCUACAGGGAGCUCGAAGCCGUGUUUUGAAGACGGACAUCGACAACUUGCGAUAUCGUUUCACCCCUUGGCUGCAUCCAUUUGUUUCAAGUGACUGCGGCCAGGAUAUCAUUGAAUCAUCACAUAGUUUGUAAAUAAAAAUGCGCAGAGA